CCCCUACCGUGGCGCCCUGAUCCCAAUCCUUUCGCCGCAGAGUCGCCUAUAAAUGGCGGCGUCGGCCUUCACCUGGUUCACCACCAGUGAGCUUCAUCAGCAGAACAAAAGACAACCAGACAUCUGAUCCACAACACCACACUAGCUAGGUACCUGUCGAGAGGAACCACCGACCGGUGGAGCAUGGAGCACGGCCAGCAGGGGCAGCACGGCCACGGAACCACCGGCCGCGUCGACCAGUACGGCAACCCGGUCGGCGGCGUCGGGCACGGCACCGGGACUGGGGGCAUGGGGUAUGGUGGUACCACCGGAACCGGUGGCAUGGGCCAGCUGGGGGAGCACGGCGGGGCCGGCAUGGGUGGCGGCCAGUUCCAGCCUACGAGGGAGGAGCACAAGACCGGCGGCGUCCUGCACCACUCCGGCAGCUCCAGCUCCAGCUCGUCCGAGGACGAUGGCAUGGGCGGGAGGAAGAAGGGCAUUAAGGAGAAGAUCAAGGAGAAAUUGCCCGGAGGACACAAGAAGGACGACCAGCACACCACGGCCACCGACGGUGCCUACGGGCAGCAGGGACACACCGGCAUGACCGACACGGGAACCGGCGGCGCCGCCUACACCGAGGGCACUGGCGAGAAGAAGGGCAUCAUGGACAAGAUCAAGGAGAAGCUGCACGGACAGCACUAAA